AGUACUGACGCUUGAUGAUGAGGUGUAUUAACUUGCUGAAAUCACAUAUCCACCUCGGAGUCGCUGAUUAAGGCAAUGAUACGUGUGUUAGGUUAACCUUGUCUGGGUACGUGGAUUAGGGUUGAGGUACUGUUCAAGUUGACUUCUUGGAGUUAACCUAUAGUACUCUCGAUGGACUGCUGUAAAAGUUUUUUUCUUCAUUUGCCGUUAUGUUACUCUCGGUUCUGUUGUCAUCUGCUUAUAUUUUAUGCUUGUAAAUCAAGUUCACGAGCCAUCGUUCAUGUGUGCUGUGCCCGAAGUAUAUAUCGUAAUGGCACUUGCAACAAUGUUUUACGUAGAAGUCAUCCUUCAAGUACGGUUAUUUGCUCUGUAUAACUUUAGGAAACAAGUGACUAUCCCUGUGGCUACCUUUUUCUCCAUCUUGGUGUGUUCCCAGCUGGGGAUGACAAGCUACCUUAUAUAUUAUGACAAUUUAUAUUUCACCGGCCCUGAUACAACUUUAUCGUCCAUUUUUUGGAUUUGUACAGGCGGUAAACGCAAGUUGUACAAUAUUUUCCAAAUACCGUUCAUGGUCUUCGACUUAAUUUUGUUCAUUUUAGCAAUGGUCAAGUCAUUUCGACAUUAUCGUCAGGUUCCUGACAGAAACUGGUCUGGACCAAGUGUAUUCAGAAUUUUUAUCAGAGAUUCAUGCUUAAUCUUUUUGAU